AUGCCCGACUCCUCGGACGAUGAUUUGGUAACUGUCCUGGUUGUGACGAUCGAUCGGCCCACCUCUGUUCCUGUGCCCCUCCCAUCUCCAGAGGAAUUGAUAGCUUACGACACGAAUCCUUCUGAUUUCAAAUCGAGAUCCACUUUCAUAGGACCUUUGAUAUGUCAGUUUGCAGCCAGGCCACCUUUGACCGAAUUGACCUGGUGGCGCGAACAAGGUUCGGUAUUGGGUCUCGUGCACAAAACCACCCUUCCUGAGGAAGAACCGAAGAUACAUGAAACACGAGAAGCCUUCAUCCUCACCGGAAGACCAGCGCUGUCUCAGUUCCUCAUCUCGAAAGCUCUGGAACAGAAGAGAGCCCCAUUGCAUCAAAAUCAAAUCUACCCAUCGGAGACCACGCUUUUUUCCGCUAUGUGGAUUAAAACGUCUGGGAGCAUAACUGCAACUAAUUACACUUGCGUGGCUUCCAACGCAUUGGGAAAUUCCUCUCAGAAAAUCCAGAUUGUUCCUCAGCAACUGAAUGUGCUGCACCAGGCCACCUCAUGUUUCAGUCGAUACGAUAUUCGAGAUAUCGCGAUACAUGUAUAUCUCUGUAAUGUACUACUCAUAAGGUUGCUGAAAAUCCAUCGACAGCCCACGACCGGUUUUGCCAUUUUGGGGGCUAAUCAGUUGUGGGUCCUGCAUACGACAUCGACUUCCGUAAUUUUGACCUGGUCUCCGGGAUUUCAUGGAACCGUGUUGGACCUCUUCAGUGCUGUUAACUUCUGGGAUUUGAUAAAAGAGCACCAACACGGAAAAACUCUGAGACCCUUCCUUCAAAAUCUCUUACAAGAAUGGGAAAUUGCAAAGCGUUGUGCUCAAACAUUCAAGCUUGAAUUGGUCGAUCAUGGACGUCAAAAGCAGGGCGAAAUGUUGGGGAGAUCAAGUUCAAAUAGUGCAAAACAGUCAGACGAUUUUGGAAGAAACACUGGGAUACUCCAUGCACUUUCUAGUGGACACUCAACAGUGGUCAACAUUACAGGACUACUUCCAUCUCAUGUUUAUUCGGCAAGGAUCAUUGCGGAACACGGAAACUCUCGUAGUCUCCCAUCAGAUCGAAUUAUUUUCAUAACCGAUGCCUAUAAACCCACGAAACCAGCCGGUAUCGUAUUUGACAGUGCGCAGAGAGCUCUUCGCAUACCAAAAGAAGAUCCGGCAGCAUGUGUCAAAGUUCAAGUUUCCGGUGAUGGUGGUCGAACCUGGCAGAAUGUGAUACCAUGGAAACAUCAGCUGAGAAUGCUAAGGGUGAAUGGGAUUGAUGCCUCGCCUUAUCACAUUGGUUCAAGCUGUGCACCACUUUCAUGGUCAGGGGUGACAGAAGUCAACUUUCUGAUGGCUGGAGUAUAUCGUGUGCAGUACUGUGACAUUGCGAAUCCGGAAGAGUGCAGUGAACCCGUCAAUCCAAAACAAGAUCUCCCAGUUUACCUUCUUAUCACCGUCGGUUGCCUUUGCAUCUUGGUCGUGGCGGUCCUUAUUGGCUUAUUCGGUUACUUUAUCUGUAUUCGCCCGGGGCGGAGAUCCAAAGCAUCUUGUUCAUUUGCUAUGCAUCGACAGCCCUGUUCAAACGAGGCGUCCUCUUUGAUUCAUGGCAUUCCUGAUACCGAUGUACAGUGCAACGAUACGGCUUGGACUAGGUCUGUUCGAGGCACCAUACCUACAGAAAUCGUACAAUGGGACCAGCCGCUGGACGCAGUUGCCGACGUGACAAACAGGAGCAUUUGGAACAACAGCAACUAG